GAUGUCCAAAGCCAUCCUCAUAACCGGCGCGACGGGAAAGCAAGGCGGUGCCGUCCUCUCGCACCUAGCCUCUCACCCCUCAAGCGAUCAAUUCACGCUCUUAGCCGUGACCCGCAACACCUCGUCCGCCUCAGCCCAGAAGCUGCUCACCAAAUACCCCGCCGUCAAGCUAGUCCAAGGCGACCUAAACUCCAUCCCCGACCUAUUUGCCUCCGCCGUCGACGUACUCCGGCAGUCUAACCACGCAGACCCCAAGAUCUGGGGCGUCUACUCGGUGCAAGCCUCCGUCGGCCCAGGGGUGACCCACGACACGGAGAUCGCCCAAGGCAAAAACCUCAUCGACUACUCCCUUGAACAUGGAGUAGCGCACUUCGUCUAUUCUUCCGUCGACCGCGGCGGCAACGCCCGUAGUCCCACCACCGAGACCCCAAUCCCUCACUUCCAGUCCAAGUACAUCAUCGAGCAGCACCUGAUUUCCCGCGCAGGUGCAAAUGGCGAAUCCAUGCGCUGGACAAUCCUGCGGCCCGUUGCUUUCAUGGACAACCUUGCCCCGGGAUUCCAGACGCGCGUGUUUCUCGCCGCGCUGCGCGACAUGCUGGACGGGAAGAAGAUGCAGUGGGUUUCGAUCUACGACAUUGGGAUGUUCGGUGCACGUGCGUUCGCGAACAGCGAGGAAUGGAACACGAAGGCAGAGAGUCUGGCUGGGGACGAGCUGACUUUUGAGGAGAUGAGUGGGUGCUUUGAGAGGGCUACAGGGCAGCCUGCGCCAGUAUCGUAUGGGGUUUUAGGGAAAGCGUUGUUGUGGGGGGUCACGGAGUUGAGGAUUAUGAUUACGUGGUUCAAGACUGAUGGGUAUGGGGCUGAUGUUGAGAGGUUGAGGAAGGAGGAGGGGGAGGGGAUUUGUGGGUUUGAGAGAUGGCUGAAGGAGAGGAGUUCUUUUGUUACGAGGUAG